AUGCCCAACGAAAUCCAUAAAUACUUCGAACGUAAAUCAACGGAAUGGAACAUUACUGAUUUUCUGGAGGAAUGUGGUGAAGAGGAUUUUCAAAAAAUGAUAGAUCAAUAUAUCAGAAGUCUCGAUACAAUUGCGAAUCUUGAGCAAGGGAAACGAAAAGCAAAAGCAGAGUUUCUUCUCACGAGAAAUAUAGACUUGAAGAAUAGUGGCAUGGCAAGGACCCGCUCGGUUCUUGUUGUUCAAGGCUACUCGCCGAGUCCACAGAACCAUGUUGGAGCACAGAUGACUCGCUCGGUUCCUUGGGUGGGCACAGGUGACUCACUCGGUUGUCUGUUGUUAAAGCCUUUCGCUGACCAGAUGGGAUGGGAAAUUAUACAGACUGAUAUGGAUAAUCCACCGGAUUUUAAGAAGGCAAGAGAAUGGAAUAGUCGUUCGCACCGGUUCCACAUCUACCAACCUGAGAUCAGUGGUAAUACGAUAAAUAACGGAACAAUCAAUGACGGAAUUUUUUAUAAUGGAUUACCCAAGGAAACUGAUGAUAAUGAAGAAAGUGACGAAAUAGAUAAUUUCUUUCGAGGUCCGUCCGGAAAAAAUUCAACCAAUCUGAUUGAGAAACGGCAGAAGCCGAAUGAGUACAACGAAGCGGACAUUGAAGAGAGCGAGGAUGCUAUUGACGAUCAAGAGGUGAGGGAUGCGACCAAUGAUAAAGUAGAAGAGGCGAAGGAAAACAAAAAAGGACCAUUUAUAAUGCGCGAACAAAAUCGAAUGGAGUUUGCGGAAUCUUAUAGGGCAAUGGACAAAAGUUAUAUGUGGAAGCUUUCAUCAGGGAGGUUUGUCGAAGAAGAGUUGCUUAAACUCGGAAAAAAUUUGGAGUUUGAACAUGCCACUCAUUCCUUCAUCCUUGAUGUUGGAGACGAGCUAAUCAUGGAACAUUUCACUGAGAAAGAACUCGAGGAGAUAGAAGGCACAACUAUUCCGGAGGUACCUGAUAUUUCGGAUGAAGUUGACGAUUUUUUGACUAAAUUCCUUGGAAAGACAAACUUAAACGAAAUCCGACAGAUAAUAAAAGAAUCGAUGUUCGGUAAUAAUUACAACCGUGAGAAGCAUCAUGACGUAGACUACAUAUGUCUUGCUUUAUAUUCACUGGUGAGGGAAAUAGAAAACGGUAAUCUCAAGAACGCAAACCUAGAAAACUGGUAUAACUGUCAUGUAUGGAAUAUAAUAUUCGACCAAGCGUUUGGAGAUGUACAGGCAGUGGCUGUUGUCAGGGGGGAAAGUACGAGUGUGUCGACAGCAACGCGUAAAAAUAAAAAAGCUAAAAGGAAACCAGGGGAACGUCGGAAAAUUGGACGUAGAGGGGAUUGGAUACUCAGAACUAUAGGCAACGGUAACAAAGAUGAAUUUGGGGCGGGGGAGGCGGGCAAGGAUUGGACGGAUGAAUAUGGGACAAAGUAUCUCAAGGAAAUUGGCUUAAAACUUCCCAAAACGCUGAAAGAUAUGUUAAUGAAUUUAAUGGAAAGGGUAAAUUGGGACAAAGAUGUGCGCAAAAAUAUCCAGACCGUCGGAAUUAUACACGAAGGUCUUAUGAUGUCAUUGGUAUAUGCCGACAAUCCGAAAGGAUAUGUCUGCAGGUUUCGUCGUGGCGACCUUAUGGAAGUACCAGAUACGGCGGAAAAAUUUGAUUCAAUCUUGACAAUAUUGGCAUCUAUCCUAACUGCAAAGUCUGCAGUCCGAAUGACAAUAGAGAUGGCUCAAACAAAAAGACAGGCUGUCAAAUCAUCAUUUAAGGGUGCAGGGUACCGAAAGCGACCUCGAGAAGAUCACCACCAGAUGCCUGCAUGUUUAUCGACUCCGAAAAAAAUAAAAAUGUGUGCCAAAAUGAACGAUAAACGACCAUACCCAUCAUCACCGUGCCCUGGAUCUCCGAGUUCUGAUCCAUUAAUUUAA